AUGGUAGUUUUAGGCUGGGGUGAUCUGGUGGCUCCUAGAGAAGUCCUAAAAUUAGGACCGAGAGGGCGAGAGGUGUGUAAUUGGAACAAAGGUCAACAUAGUGUUCAGUUUGGGGCAAGAAUUUUGGAUAAACAGUUGUACAGGAGAACAGAUGAAUCAUUGUGGAUUCAGUUCAAGGCAUUGUCUCAAUUUUACCAAAAGUUGGCCCUAGACAUUCAUAUCAUGAGCUUGUGGACCAUGAAGGAGGCAGACUUCUACAGUGUGCAACAAAUUCAAAUAGGCUUCUUAAACCCAGUGGUAUGCAAUCAAGGGACACUAAAGUACACUAGCACCAUCGAUGAAUUGGCAAAGAGCUUCCGUGUCAACAAAUUACGCAGCAUACUUCUACCCUACAACUAUGUCAAUGACCAUCAUGUCCUUCUUGACAUUAGCGUAGAGAUGAGCACUGUUAAUGUUUAUGACUCUCAAAAGAGCCAACUAGAGAACAUCCAUCCCUUCAUUGAGGCGCUAAACAAGGCCUAUGAGAAGUUGAAGUCAAGGUCCAAGAAACAUCAUGAGCUUGGUAGAUCUGGGUUUCAAGUAGUAUCGACUGGUUCGAUCCCAAUGCAGCCUGCGGGCAAUGAUCUCUACGGGUUCUAUGUCAUGCAUUACAUGCGCGACCUCAUCAAUCCUCUCUCUGGCUCACAGACUGAAGUGUCAUCUACACCAGAGCUGACUGAUUUGGAGAUAUCUAGGUUCCAAGAAUAUCUUUCCGGUUUCACUAUAGACCAAGUUGUGAACCCCAAGGGAGUCCAUCACCUUUUCUAA